AUGCCCCUCCCUCAACAACCCCCAAAGAACCGCCACUCCCGCUGGAUCCUCCUCGCCCUGACCAGCGGCGCAUUCGCAGCUCUGAACGGGCUCUUCGCAAAGCUAACAACAGACACACACACCUCCGCCUUCGCCGCCUCCAUCCUCUCCCUCUUCCACGCCUCCCUCGACGACCACCCGUUCGUGGAGGUGAUCAUCCGCGGAGUCUGCUUCGCAUUAAACCUCCUCAGCAACAUCAUCAUGUGGGCGCUGUUCACGCGCGCGCUGACCGCGUCCCCGUCCACCACUAAGGUGUCCAUCACCAACACGUCCGCGAACUUCCUCGUCACGGCUGUCCUGGGGAUGUGCGUGUUCGGGGAACGCGUUGCUGGGCUGUGGUGGGUUGGUGCGGCGUGCAUGGGCGCCGGGUGUGUGCUUGUCGGAAUGAGGGAUCAAUAG